GCGGAGCGGACGGGCUCUAUGACCCAGCUGCUCCCUCUUCCAUGCAGCAGCAGUCUGCCGCUAGGACCAGAAAUCUGCAGCUCACAGAAUGAAGAGAUCAAAAUGAUGCUGCCUCUAAAAAGGGAUUAAACCUCUGGGCGCCACCUCGCUAGGACCGGCGGCUGGUGGGUAACACAGAUUUGCCAGCGGGGACUUGAGAAAGGAGACAUGCCGUCGCCCAGCAUCCGUUGCGCCGCUUGACUGACCAUGAUGAAGACCGAAUCCACGUCCAAGAGCGCCGGCUCUGGCUCCACGCUCAGGAGCCCAUCCCCGCACCGAAACGCGUACGAGGCGGGGAUGCAGGCCCUGAAGCCCGUCAAAGACAAUGCCGCGAACGGGGACAUGCAGGAGGGCCCCCGGGGGCGAAGGUACGGCUCCAACGUGCACCGUAUCAAAAACAUGUUCCAGCAGAUGCAGACCACAUCCCCGGCCGACGCGGAGGGGGAGGAAUUGGCCAGGAACGCCGACAAAUCCGUGCGCCUCUCCCUCCCCAGAGCCGGCAGCCUGAACGAAAACGUGGACCACAGCGCGCUGCUCAAGCUCGGUUCCACCGUGUCCGAGCGCGUCAGCAAGUUUGACACCAAACCGGAGAACGGGCACCAGCGGGCCUCGUCGCCCAGCUACUCCAAGCUGCAGGAGACCCGCCGCAUCUUCGAGCAGCAGCAGGAGAGGCAGCAGCAGGAGAAGCUGGCCACCACCAGGGUCCUGCUGAAGACAGACAAGGCCUCAGGCUUCCAGGACAGCAGGCUGGACGUGGUGGCUCGCUUCAACGGCAGCACGGAGUCCCUGGACAGCCUGGACACCAGCGAGGCAGUGUCCCCCACGGUCAGCCAGCUCAGCGCCGUGUUCGAGAGGGCGGCCGAGCUCCGGAACAACCUCCACCGCCUCUCCUCCACGCCGCCGCUCCCUUCCAGAGGGGUCAGUGCCAAGGUGGGUGUGUUAAACUCCAAGAUUAUCACGAAGAGGGUCAGUGCCUUUGCGUCGGGCAACCAAGAGGACGAGAUAAGCAAUCAGAAGGGCCAAGAGGCGUCCCCGAGAGUCUCCAGGGGAAGGGGGGCUUCUCCGUCUGAAAGCAUCAACGGGGGGCAGAGCGUUGGCCAGUGCGCCCAGACUACUGAACUUUCCAGCGACGUAGGAGAGCCGAGCGGACAGAGAGGAAAGACAUUUUCAGACGCAGGCGUCGAGGCCAGAGCCGAGGAGCGCUACGGGGCCAAGGAGCCCGGCGGCACGGCGACCCUGCAAGGCGACAUCCGCAUCUCCGUGGAGAACGGGGAGGCUGCCGCCGAGAAGCAGGGCUCCCCGAGGAGCGGCGAGGCGCUCAGGCCGGACGGGGAGAAGGACGGCGAGGAGGACGAGGGGGACAGGACGCUCAGAGACGACCUGUCGGGCCGAGACUCUGUGGAUAUCAGCACCUACAGCGCGGUGGGGGAGGACUUCGGAGGGAGCCAGAAGGACGAGGAGGAGGAGGAGGACGAGGAGGAUGACCGCUAUGAGCCCGAGUCCAGCUGCGUGGAGAUCUCCGGGUUGCCCACGGAAGAGGACCCGCCCCCUUCCAGGAAGAUUCGCUUCAGCACAGAGCCCAUCAAGGUGUUUGCCACUUAUCCCAACGAGGACUACGACAGACGCAAUGAAGACGUGGAUCCCAUGGCAGCAUCCGCCGAGUACGAGCUGGAGAAGAGGGUGGAGAGGCUAGACCUGUUCCCUGUGGAGCUAGAAAAGGAUGGCGAUGGGCUGGGCAUCAGUAUCAUCGGGAUGGGCGCCGGGGCUGACAUGGGCCUGGAGAAACUGGGCAUCUUUGUCAAAACAGUCACAGAAGGAGGAGCAGCACACAGGGAUGGCAGGAUCCAGGUGAAUGAUCUGAUUGUGGAGGUGGAUGGGACCAGUUUGGUGGGAGUCACCCAGAGCUUUGCCGCCUCCGUGCUCAGGAACACCUCAGGAACCGUCAAGUUUGUGAUUGGGCGAGAGAAGCCGGGUGAACAGAGCGAAGUGGCCCAGCUCAUCCAGCAGACCUUGGAGCAAGAGCGCUGGCAGAGGGAGAUGAUGGAGCAGCGCUACAACCAAUACAUGGACGAACAAGAGGGCGGAGAAUAUGGCACAGACGAGGAAGAGGAUGACGACGAGGAGGCCAGUCCGCCGUAUCCCAGCGCCAUCGAGGUGUUCGACUUGGCAGAGAACGAGGACAUGUCCCCUCUGGAGACGGACCCUGAGAAGCUGGCCCAUAAAUACAAAGAGCUCCAGAUAAAGCACGCGGUGACGCAGGCCGAGAUCCAGCAGCUCAAAAGAAAGCUGCAUCACGCGGAGCAGGACAAGCAGCGCUGGCGCAUGGACAAGGCCCAGCUGGAGCAGACCCUCCAGGACAACAAGGAGCGGAUGGAGAAGCUGGAGGGCUACUGGAUGGAGGCUCAGAGCCUGUGCCAGGCGGUGGACGAGCACCUGAAGGAGACGCAGGCCCAGUAUCAGGCCCUGGAGCGCAAGUACAGCAAAGCCAAACGCCUGAUUAAAGAGUAUCAGCAAAAGGAGAUUGAGUAUCUGAAGAAGGAGACCCAGCGUUGUGCACAAGUCGGGGCGGAGGCCUCUCUUCUGAAAGAGGAGUCGGGACAACUCCAGGAGCAGGUGGCCGACCUGGAGUGCAGGGUGGAGGAGCUGAAAUCCGAACCUUUAUAAACGCCUUUUUUUUUUUUUUUUUUUCCCCAUCACGUACAGAACUUCACCAGAUGAAGGAGUGUUGUUGCACUCGACUGCAACGAACCGCAGGGUAUCUCUCUCGUCUCCAACUCGGGCUUGGUUUUCCGGUCGCAUACUGUUACGUGUCCUCAGGCUCUCCGUCGUUUCAGCCACUUAACCCUUCUGACCGCGUUUUUUUCCGUUCACGGCGACAUGGAGAGCAGGUUUAUCAUCAGGGACUCUGUGGAGCUCUACACGUGCUGUUCCUUUUUAAUUCAGUAUUUAAUCCCUUCAUUUUGUGGUUUUGUGACAGGCCAGACUGUUGCGUUUAAUUGC